CAGACCUGAGUCGCGAUUAAGAUUGUUAGGUUGUUUAAAGAUUCGUUGGUAGAAGAACUGAUUACAUGCUAGAAUUUUAGUUUUAUCAACAAAAAUUUUAGGACCGGUUUCAUUAGUGUGUUCGGCAACAGCUGAUGAGUUUAUUACGACUAAGACAAAUAAACUCAUCAGCAAAUUUUUCUGUGUCAUUAUUAUAAUGAUUUUUUUCUCCGUCGGUAUCACAACUAUACUUUUAGAUCUGGCCGUUCGCUCUCCUGGCCUGAUCAACCUGUGCAAGGCGGUGAGCGGUAAAUUCUUUAUUCUUCAUCGCGUUAAGUCGCCAAAACAUUAAACGAUCCGUCCAGCGUAAGAACUGGUCAUCGAGUCGAAUCGAAACCGCAACAGGGAAGCAAACAAAACAUUGAAGCAAUAAAAUUUACACGAUCGUGGGAUAACCUGAAACGUCACCGCCGUCGCCUCGAAAAAAAUAUAAAAACCAAAUGCCGCCAUUGUCGACGACCGAUUAACAGUUUCUUUCAGUACGCAGUGGGUUCCACGACCGUUGUAAGAACCUUAGUCGAAAAAUGAACUGCGGUUGUACAGCAACAUACGUGGGCCCGCCCCUUACCGAGACCUGCGGGGGUGGUUCCUUCAUCAUUUUCAUGGGGUUGCUGGAUUCGUUUCUGAGUAGACAGUGCGACAUUACCGAGGUUUGCAGCAGGGUAGUACCAAAAAUAGUUCCUGACACGGAGUACGAUUUUAUCGUGAUAGGAAGCGGUAGUGGCGGUGCGGUAGCGGCUGGUCGGUUGGCGGAAGUUUCUGGAUGGAAGGUGUUAUUGAUCGAAGCAGGAGGCGAUGAACCACCGGGUUCCCAGGUUCCAGCUAUGGUUUCCAAUUACUUCGGACAUCCACAGAUGGAUUGGAACUACAAAACUGAACCAGAACCCGUCGCUUGUCAAGGUUUUCCAGAUCGGAAAUGCUCCUGGCCACGUGGCAAAGUUUUAGGCGGAUGCAGCGUAAUCAAUGGUAUGAUGUACACGAGGGGAACACCAAAGGAUUUUGAGAAAUGGGAGGCUGCAGGAAAUCCUGGCUGGAGUUAUCAAGAUGUCUUACCGAUUUUCAAAAGAUCCGAAGACAACUUGGACAUUGGAACUCUGGUAGAUGCGGAAUACCACGGCAGGAAAGGUCCCUGGACGACAUCUAGAUUUAGACACCAACCAGAAAUGGCGCACGAUAUUUUAAAGGCAGCGGAAGAAAUAGGCUAUAAUGUAUCGGACGACUUGAACGGAAAGCAAUAUAUUGGCUUUUCUAUUGCGCAAUCUAAUUCUAGAAAUGGUGUGCGACUAAGUACAGCUCGAGCCUUCCUCCGACCCCACCGCAACAAUUCAAACUUCCAUGUGAUGCUAAACUCCACAGCCACCAAAAUAGUUAUAGGUGGCAUCGGCAAAAAUAAAAAGGCCCUAGCCGUACAGUUCCUGUACAACGGUCACUUGUAUACAGUAAAUGUUAGGAAAGAAGUAGUCUUGGCAGCAGGCGCCCUGAACUCGCCACAACUGCUCCUUCUGUCUGGUAUAGGUCCCAAAGACGAAUUGGACAAAGUUGGGAUCCAACAACUUCACGAUUUACCAGGCGUAGGGAAAAAUUUACAAAAUCACGUAGCUUUCUACAUGGAGUUUAAGCUUCAAAAGGUGCCAGCUAUAAGCGAUUUGGAUUGGCCCACUGCUCUGCAGUAUAUACUGGACAAAAAAGGUCCCAUGAGCUCCACUGGAUUGUCGCAAGUCACUGCUAGGAUCAAUUCACCGCACGCUGAUUCCAGUGGUACAGAUCCUGACCUACAAAUAUUCUUUGCGGGAUAUUCGGCAAACUGUGCCGCUACCGGCAACGUAGGCGAUCCUGAGGAUCCAGAAAAUCCCGACGCUAGGAAGUCGUUCACUUUCUCACCAGUGACUCUGCAUCCGAAAAGCAAGGGGUAUGUUGGUUUGCACUCCAAUAAUCCAUUGACACCGCCCAAAAUGGUGGCAAAUUACUUAAUCGAAAUUGAUGAUGCGAAAGUGUUGUUGGCUGGAAUUAGAGUAAUUCAAAGGUUAGCAAAUUCGACUGUUAUGAGAGAAAAAUAUGGAAUGACCAUCGAUUACGAGGAAUACGGGGACUGUGCUUCAAAACAUGGUUACGACACGGACGAAUUCUGGCUUUGCGCAGUCAGAUAUUACACAGGUCCAGAGAAUCACCAGGCGUGUUCGUGUAAGAUGGGCCCUCUAUCUGAUCCUAACGCGGUGGUUGACAAUAAACUUAGAUUACAUGGUAUCGAUAAUCUGAGAAUAAUGGAUGCUUCAGUAAUGCCGGUUUUGGUUUCGGGAAAUACUCAGGCCACUAUCAUCAUGAUAGCGGACCGAGGAGUGGAUUUUAUAAAAGAAAGGUGGUUAAAUACCAAAAACAAGCAUGAGCUUGUGGCUAAAUUGAGGAAGCCGGCUAUAAUGGCCCCACCACUUAGGAAAAAUCGACAACCUGGAUUCGAAUCAAAUCCAGGUUUAAAUCACCCACAAGAGAAUCAGGGUAGUAGUCAACCAACGUACAAUUACCAUUAUGGUAAUUAUCAGUAUCUGCAUCCCAAUCAAGAGCCCAGGCAUCUAGAUUAUCAUUAUUCACAUUAUUAAUGACAGAUUGCUUUAGUAAGAUAGAAAAGCUUUUGCACGGAUUUCAGCAAACCAACAUUUUUUCUAAUUUUGGUUGAAUAAAGGUUUUCAA